CAAAAAAAAUAUUAAAAUAUGAAGUGUUUUUAGAAGGAGGGAGAGGAAGUUGUAUAUUUGUCAUAAAAAUAAAAACCAAGGUAAUAUGGUAGGGAAGAUAGAGAAAAAGGUUUGAAAAUUGAUGCAAAAAUGUCUAUCUUGAUGAUCUCUAUCCCAAGAAGGAGACUUUCUUCUUCUAUUGCUUCUUCCCAUCUUUCUAUUCCACCGCCACUUCUCUUCCUCGUUUUCACUCUCCUCUCCGCCGCAUGCGUCAGCACAACCACCGACGAGGCGGCGGCGCUCUACUCGUGGAUUCACUCCUCUGCUUCUCCGCCGCAUCCCCCGUUCUCUUCUUGGAACCCACUCGACGCCAAUCCCUGCAGGUGGGAUUUCAUCACCUGCAACUCUCGUGGAUUUGUCUCCGAGAUUAACAUAGAAGCCGUCGAGGUUGAGCUCCCAUUGCCGGAAAAGCUCUCGUCUUUCGCCCACCUGAGGAAGCUCGUUAUUUCUGCGGCGAACAUCACCGGGACUAUUCCGGCCGGGAUUGGGGACUGUUCGGAGCUCGUUCUCGUCGAUUUGAGCUCGAAUAGUCUCGUGGGCACUAUUCCUUCAUCCAUUGGGAGGCUCCAGAAGCUUCAAGAUUUGAUCUUGAACUCGAAUCAGCUCGCCGGAAAAAUCCCAGUCGAACUGAGCAACUGUUCCUCCUUGAAAAGCCUUGUCCUCUUCGAUAACCGCCUGGCCGGAAACCUGCCAAAAGAAUUGGGCCUCUUGAGAAAUCUUGAAGUUCUCCGGGCAGGCGGGAACCGGGACAUUCUUGGAGAAAUCCCUCAAGAAAUUACCAAUUGCUUGAAUUUGACAGUUCUGGGUCUUGCCGAGACAAGAAUCUCGGGAUCACUGCCUGCUUCACUGAGUAAGCUCCACAAGCUCCAAGUACUGUCAAUCUAUUCCACAUUGCUUUCGGGCGAAAUCCCGCCUGGUUUGAGUAACUGCACUGAGCUUGUGAAGGUUUAUCUGUACCAAAACAGUCUCUCCGGUUCAAUCCCGCCGGAGAUUGGGAAUCUUAACAAGCUAGAAGAGUUGCUUCUAUGGCAGAACUACUUGGCAGGGAGUAUUCCGGAAGAGAUUGGGAAUUGCACAAAAUUAACCAUGAUUGAUUUGUCUUUGAACCAUCUAUCUGGAUCCAUACCUUUAUCUUUCAGCCGCCUUCUUGGACUCCAAGAUCUAAUGCUUACUGAUAACAACAUUUCCGGUUCAAUCCCAUCUGUUCUGGCAAAUGUAAAAGGUCUGCUUCAACUAGAGCUCAACACGAACCGGAUGUCGGGACGGAUUCCACCGGAGUUGGGGAAUUUGUCCAGCCUUCAAGUGUUUUUGGGUUGGCAGAAUCAGUUUGAGGGGAAUGUACCUUCAAGCUUGGCUAGGUGUACCCAACUCCAAUCUCUCGACCUGACCGGGAACUUGCUCACUGGAACCAUACCUCUGGGUUUUUUCCUACUGAAGAACCUGUCAAAGCUGAUGUUAAGCUCUAACGAUAUUUCGGGCUCGAUUCCUCAAGAAAUGGGCAACUGUAGCUCUCUAGUGAGGUUAAGGCUCGCGAACAACCGAAUCACGGGUUCGAUCCCAAAAGGGGUUGGUGAACUGAAGAGCCUGUCUUUUCUUGAUUUGUCCGGGAACCGGCUGUCCGGGACUGUUCCCGACGAGAUUGGAAGCUGUGUGCAGCUGCAAAUGGUUGAUCUGGGCAAGAAUGAGUUCGAAGGUCCACUCCCCAGUUCCAUUUCGUCACUCUCCCGGCUUCAAUUCUUGGAUGUUUCAAGUAAUCGUCUCAACGGGCCUAUACCCGAAGGUAUCGGGCGCUUGGUUUCUCUAAACAAUCUCAUUCUCAGCAAGAACAUGUUAUCCGGAUCGAUACCUUCCUCUCUCGGUCUAUGCUCAAGGCUUCAAAUGCUUGAUCUCAGCAACAAUGAGCUCUCUGGUGUUAUCCCCCCGGAGUUCGGGAAACUUGAGUCGCUCGAAAUCACACUCAACCUUAGCUGCAACCGAUUAACCGGGGCAAUCCCGGACGAACUCUCGGCUCUCACUAAACUCUCGGUCCUCGACCUGUCCCACAAUAAAUUCGUAGGGAGCUUGAGUCCACUAGCCGAGCUCGAAAACCUCGUGUCACUCAAUCUUUCUUACAAUAACUUCACUGGGUAUCUCCCCGACACCACCCUCUUUCGGCAAUUGUCUCCUUCGCUUCUCAUCGGGAACCAAGGGUUGUGCACUUCGACCCAGCCUUCAUGCUUCCUAAGCAACAUUGACCACGAGGCGAAAGUCGCAAAGAAGUCAAAACAGCUGAGGCUGGCCAUUGCGUUGCUCGUCGCCACGACGGUCGUAAUGGUCUUCGCGUUCGCGGUUUUCAUACUGCGAACGCGGAAGACAAUGAGAGGGGAUGACGACUCGGAGAUGGGGGAUUCGUGGUCGUGGCAGUUCACUCCCUUCCAGAAGCUCAGUUUCUCAGUAGAAGAGGUACUGAAAUGCUUAGUCGACUCCAAUGUAAUCGGCAAGGGCUGUUCCGGAGUGGUUUACCGCGCCGAUAUGGACAACGGGGAUGUCAUUGCAGUGAAGAAGCUAUGGCCAGUGUCCGCGAAAACGAGCGGGGCCCACCACGACUCGUUCUCGACGGAGGUGAGAACGCUAGGCUCGGUACGGCACAAGAACAUCGUUAGAUUCUUGGGUUGUUGCUGGAAUAGGAACAUGCGGUUGCUUAUGUACGACUACAAGCCGAAUGGGAGCCUGGGGAGUGUCCUACACGAGAAGAGUGGGACUCCAUUGGUGUGGGAACAGAGGUACAGGAUUCUGUUAGGGGCAGCCCAGGGAAUUGCUUACCUGCACCAUGAUUGUGACCCUCCUAUUGUUCAUAGAGACAUAAAGGCCAACAACAUUCUCAUUGGUCUUGAUUUUGAACCCUACAUUGCUGACUUCGGCCUUGCCAAGCUUGUCGAUGGUGGCGAUUUCGGUCGUUCUUCCAACACCGUUGCGGGUUCGUACGGAUAUAUUGCCCCCGAAUACGGAUACGCGAUGAAGAUCUCGAAGAAGAGCGACGUGUACAGCUACGGAGUGGUGAUGUUGGAAGUGCUGACGGGGAAGCAACCGAUUGAUCCAACGAUACCGGAGGGGGCCCACAUUGUCGAUUGGGUACGGAAGCGACGGGGAGGAGGGGGUGGAGGGGCGGAGGUCCUCGAGCCGAGCUUGUGUGCGGGCCCGGAUUCGGAUGUCGAGGAAAUGAUGCAGGCGUUGGGGAUAGCGUUGUUGUGCGUAAAUCCCGCCCCUUCGGAGCGGCCCACGAUGAAAGACGUGGCGGCGAUGCUGAAGGAGAUCAGGCGGGAAAGGGAGGAGGAGGCGGCGGAGGAAUGCACCAAGGCGGCGGAUGCGGUGACGUCGUCGUCUUCUUCUUCUUCCUCAGCACAGAGAGAACUGAGUUUGCUCAAGAAGGGCAGUGAUGGAAAUGGAAGUUUUAGUGCUUCCUCAAUUCUCUUUUCUGGUUAGAUUUGGGACCAGCAAACUAGUCGAUGGAGUACCGGCCAUUGACCACCCUUCACAGAUGUGCGAAGCUUGUUUGGCAGGGAAACACUCACGACAAAGUUUUCCUGGCCAAACAACUUUCAGAGCUGAGAAACCAUUAGAACAGCUGAAGUUUGCUGAAAUGAGAAAGAUUCUUGGGGUAGAAAGGAUUGAAGACUCGAAGGACUCAAAGAAGUAAAAGAAGACUCAAGGUCAAGAUUGGGAGGGUGAUUGUUGGACCAAUCUUGACAUUCAGUAAUAGUUAGGGGGUUUAUUUUGUAAUUAUGUUGAAGUCUUUAUUUGUUAAUAAUUAGGGUAGAGUCAG